CUUCCUCCCGUACUCUUCUAUUCUCUUCUUACCUCUACUCUUAACUUCUCUGUACUACGCGUCCCUUUUCUCCGCUACUCCUCACUUCUCUCUACGUCUCUCCACUUCUGUGCACUUUUCACCACUUCUCUCUGAGCUUGUGCAGUGAGUUUAUGGCCACACAUUCUUGAGGAAGGGGCGGCUGAGACAGUUAUUAGAUACAACAUUGUGUAAUUAUAAAGAAAUGCGUGACCCCAGGAGUAGGCGGUGUGAUCUUUGCAGCAGGGACACAAAGGGUUAUUAGUUGAAGCAACUAGAAGUGUCACAGGCUGCUCAUUCUUCUUGUGGGAUCAGGUUGAACGAGGCCCGAAUACAAACACUCAGCAUUUCAUUGUUAUUUCCUGUGAGAGAGAUGGAAACUGCCGAGCUGAGAGCUGAGCUCAACUGCACCAUCUGCCUGGAGAUCUACACCGACCCCGUGACCCUGCCGUGUGGCCACAACUACUGCCUGGCUUGUAUUGACACUACAUGGGAGAAGCAGAAGGAGAUGGAGGAGGACCCUUCUUGCCCCGUGUGUAGAGAGAGUUAUGGUAAGAGACCCCGGCUUAUAAGGAACGAGACUCUGAGGAUCAUAGCUGAGAUGUUCCUUCCAUCCCACUCACAGGAUAAUAGGGACCUCCACACAUUCACCUCCUGUCUCUCUGAUCCCCCUACUUUGCAGGAUUCCACCGACGUUGCACUUGCUACAAACAUGGCUUCUUCUCCUGCUGAUUGUCCUCCCACAGAGGGGCCAUUAUGUAGCCACUUGCCUUAUUCUCCUGCAUCGGCUGAUAGAGAAACUGGAUGUCACCCAGGAACAGACCAAUGCUUUGGGGCAGAAGGUUCAGCAUGUGGAAAUAUAAAAGAGGGUGAAGUGGAGACAGGUACCAGCGCUACACUAUGUGGGUUCAUGCCACCCUAUAAAACUGCUGACAAGUUGUGCCAGGACACAGAGUGUGGUGCCAGUCAUGCCGAAAUAGCGGGUGCCAGUGAGACGAGUCAAGGACCAGACCAAGACAUAACAAAACCUGCUGGUGUGAAAGGCUUGGCCCUCAAAGCUUCAGGGGCCACAACAAGCCCACAAGCAGCUCCCGAGGCUACAGGAGGAAUGCCCCCCACCAGUUUGUCUCAUGCCUGGGACGCACCCACUAAACCUGCCCAGGGGUACGGCCAAUGGGCCACCUCCAUGUUUCUGGAUAUAGACACGGCUGCAAAUUAUGUUUUUGUGUCGGCCGACAGGAAAAUGGCUUCCAGCGCCCAAACGGACCAGGGUCGUCCACACAUUCCCGAGAGGCUGAACUCUUUCCAGGUCUUUAGCACCAGGAGCUUUUCCUCAGGGAAACACUACUGGGAUGUGGAAGUUCUCAACACUGGGACUGUGUUAUCGUUGGGAGUUGCCUAUCAGAGCGUGAACCGACAGUCGGAUACUAUUGGAUGUAAUGAGAAGUCCUGGUGUCUUGGGAUACACGGGGCCUACUCAGUGCACCAUAAUGAUGACUUCUUCUCCUUAUCCAGCGUCCCCUCCUGUAACCGGAUCCGUGUCUCACUGGACUGGGAUGUUGGGCGUCUCUCCUUCUAUGAGCUCAGGGUCCCCAUCAAACACCUGUACACCUUCACUGCCACCUUCUCCGAGCCCCUCCAUGCCGCCUUCUCUGUUGGGGAGAGUGGCCUCAUACGGAUCAUUAAGCAGCACGGAGCUGCCAUGUCGAUUGCUGCUUGUCGGCUGCAGUUACUACAUGAGGCUGGAAUGUGCUCCGCCCCUUUAGUUGCGUGUGAUUCACGAGAGAAGGAAGAGCUUGGGGUGAUGGCGGAUACAGUGGAUAGAGUUGAUCGAGUGGAUCGAGUGGAUAGAGCGGUGAGAGACAAGUUACGGUGCUGGAGCUGCCGGCAAAUCUUUAUUGAUCCGGUGACUCUGCCGUGUGGCCACAGCUGCUGCAGAAUCUGCAUUGAAGACUCAUGGGGCAACAAGCCGGCGGCUACCAGACCUUCCUGCCCCCAGUGCGGCCGCACAUUCACUAACCCCCCUGAACUGAAGAGGAACCUGACCCUGCAGAACCUGGCCAAGCAUUUCCUCCCGCCCCCCGUGCCCCCCAACACCCAGAUCUGCUGCACUCACUGCACUCGGCCCCCCGUGCCCGCCGCUAGAACCUGUCUGCACUGCGAGACCUCCCUGUGUGAGAGCCACGUGCGGGUGCACAGCAAACUACAGCAACAUGUUUUAAUUGCCCCAACUGCCACCCCAGGGGACAGAAAAUGCCCCAUUCACAAAGAGAUCCUGGAAUAUUACUGCCCCCAGGACUCCGUGUGUAUCUGUGAGUCCUGCUACAGAGCUGGAGCCCAUGAUGGGCACGAGGUGGAGCCACUCGCUGAAGUCUCAGUAAGGAAGAGAGAGACAUUCAAGACUGUUCUGGAGAGACUGACUCCAAGGAGAGAGGCGGCUGAGGAGCAGCUCCAGAGACUGCAGGAGCACAGGAGGGUCACGCAGGAGACUGCAGACACUAUCACAGAGAUGUUCCUGGCGGUGCUGCGUGAUAUUGGGGGGCACACACACCUCCUCCAGGAGCGAAUCCUAAGUGAGAUCUCUCAGAAGGAAGAGAAACUUAUGCAAGAAAUCUCCGAUCUGAUCCAGAAGGUGGAGAUCCAGAAGAGUGAGUUUUCCUGGAAGAUCCUGUAUAUUGAGGAGCUGUACAACUUGGAUGAUCCCUUAACUCUCCUGCAGGAAUGGGAAUCCCAUGUCCCGGCCUUUUGGGAUGUUGAGAAUGGCCAUUAUCUUGGCAGAAAGGAUGAAGGAGAGGAUAUAAAAGGCCCAGUUCCUGGGGAUCUGGCAGAGGAAUGGGUCUCCGAGACAUUACUCAAAGGCCUGGCUGAUAUGAUUGAUAAUGCUGAAAGGAAAGUGGCCAAAGACUUCUGCAUAAGUACCCACUCUGCCCCCACCCACGGGGGGCUUGUUACCACUGUGAGAUUCCCUGCACUCAGCAGGAAUUGCCCCAAGCACAACAAGCUCCUCAAGCUUUACUGCUGGGAACAUGAAGAAUGUAUCUGUGUGUCCUGCUUCCUGGCCGGAGGGCAUGGGGGGCACAAGGUGGACAACCUCAAGGUGGCAUCAGGGAAGAAGAAAGACAAGCUGCGGGUCCUCCUAGAGAAAUUCCGAGCUGAGAAAGAGGAGAUGGAGAGAAAAGAGCAAAGACUGCAGGAGGCCAGGAGCCAAGUACCAGAGAAGGCCGCCGGAGAGGCACAGAGGGUCACUGCCCUGUUGGGGUACCUCAGGCAACAGCUCCACGGCCUACAGAAGCAGAUCCCGAGGGAGAUCAAAUGGGCCCCAUUGCACCUCUCUGAUCAGCUGCAGGAAAUAAUAUGGAAUUGCAGAGGGGAGGAGGUCCAGCACAUAGAGGCCCUGUGCACCUCCUCCGAUCCAUUCACUGUCCUACGGGAAUCUGACAAAAGUGGCCCCUGGAACGUCGAUGAGGGAGACGAUGGGGACACAAAUAAGAAGGAGAUCCCGGGGGUAGGUGAGGUCUAUCACAAGAUGUUCCUGGAAGUCACCAAUGAGUUUAUUGGGGGUUUAGAGAGAAUAGUGACCGCCAUACAGGGGAGGCUCCACUGGCAGGAGGCCACCGACAUGUUACUGGAUAUAAACACGGCCGGGACCCACAUUACUCUCUUGGCGGACAGGAAAGGCAUAUCAGUAUCAGAAACGGAUCAGAAUCACCCCCAAACACCAGACAGGUUUCAGUCCAAUCAGGUUUUAAGUGCCUGUAGUUUCCCCUCAGGCCGUCAUUACUGGGAAGUAGAGGGCAGUGAAUUGGGGGGCUGGGGGGUUGGGGUGGCCUAUCCCAGUAUAGAGAGGGGGGGACAGGAGUCUCUCAUUGGACACAAUAGCAAAUCAUGGACUUUGGGCAGGGAGAAUAAGAACUAUUCAGUGGUCCAUAACGGAACAGUGACCCCUUUAGAUGUUGCCCCUUCCUGUGGCAGAAUCCGAAUCUCAUUGGACUAUGAGGCCGGCCGUCUGUCCUUCCAUGAGCUGAGUGAGCCAAUCAGACACUUACACACCUUCACUGCCACAUUCACUGAGAGGCUGCACGCGGCAUUCUGGGUAAAUGAGGUUAACUCCUGGCUCAACAUCAUUACAGGGUUAAACUGCCCCUCGAGGGCACCAGAAGAACUCGCGGGUAUCAGUGAUUCCCCCAGUCCCCUCAGCCGCUCAGUCUCUCUCCAGUGUCUCAGUUCAGGGGGCAAAUACCCCCACAGCAGGGGCUCCCAUCAUCCUCCUGGGGAGCCAAGUCGAGCCUGUUCUUUUCCCUGCCUUCUGCGCCCCCAUGAGCCACACCCAGACCCUUAUAUCAGUCAUUAUAUGGAUUUAUACUGAUUCAGAACAUUCUAAUAGGCAAUAAUAUGUGUGAUUGUUACAUUAUGCAGAGGUUAUUACACUGUAUUGCUGGAAAUUGCAGGGUUAAUAUAAAGAGUUUAUUGGUCAGUAUAUAAUCCAUCUGUAAACCCUUUAUUGUGACUGUUAUGUAAGCAGACCAUUAUGCAGGGGGAUUAUUUGAGCACCGGGAAUCUAGUUACCUCACAAGGACCAAUAUGGAGGAGCAUUAGUUUCCCUGUUUAGCUGAAGACAAACCUGUCCCUUUAUGGACCAGCCCAAGCCUCAUUCAUUGCAUUCAUGUUGCACAAGGGGGUACUGUCCCUUUAAGGAUCAGUUGCAGUUACUAUUGUGCAGAUUUCUCACAUAUUGACACAAUACUCAUGUUACUCAUGUUACUCACAGACCUGGGGCUGGUGUUUCUUCUCUGUCUCCCCACUGUUCAAUUCCUCCCUCCUGCUCCGUCUCUAUCACUUUGCUCAUUUGAGCUUCACUCUAUUUGCUCCUCUAUCACUUUCUAUUGAUGUUCCCACAGGCUCCAGGAACAACUUCACAAUUUUUAGGCAACUUGGCGGCUUGUCUUUCUUAUUUCCUUUCAUGUGACCCCCCAUCCAUCACACUAGUGCCCCAUCCCAAUAACCCUACUGUCUCUCAGCUGCUUCUCUAACGUCCCACCUGUCUCCAACGUCCCACCUGUCUCCAACGUCCCAUGUGUCUCCAACGUCCCACGUGUCUCCAACGUCCCACCUGUCUCCAACGUCCCAUCUGUCUCCUCUGACUACAGUGGGAAGUCUCUUUUAUUCACCAGACAUGUAAUAUGUUCAAUUAAUAAUAAAAUAUUUGUUUGUGAGAAUAAAGUUGAGUGUGUGAAGUGCAACUACUCCUCACAUUGAGUUUAAUAAUCAGAUCAGACGUAAGAGAGAAAUGAAUCAGAUGUAAGAGUUUCUAUGAAGGAGGCAGUUGAGUUAAUGUUGGAUUGUAUUUAGCAGCUGCGCUACAGUAUAUGGCACCUUCCAUUCAGAUACAAGUGCCUUUAGCUUUUCCCAUUGUUUUUUGCCUUUUCACUUUGACUUUGCUUUACAAUUAGCAACGGAUCAGGUUUAUAUGUUCGAGCUGUUGUUCUGUUGUUUCAGAUGAGUAAAUAUGUCAUGGCUAUUGCUGAAUACUUUAUAUCCUCUGGACAAGAACAAUAAAUAGAACCUAAUCGUU